AUAAAGGGUGUUUAUGUCCUUUCGGUGAAACAUCAUCUCCACGAGAAAGAGGAGAAAGCAGCCAAAUUCAAAUCGUUCUCUAGUUUUCGAGCUUCGAUCUCUUCCGAUGGCGAUGCGAGCAGCGAUCAAAUCCUUGGUUUCCUCUUCCUCUUCUUCGACCCCAUCGUCCGCGUACCUCGCGCGUCAGCUUCAUGCUUCCUCCGGUGAUAGCCAGAAGAUUGUUGGAGUUUUCUACAAGGCCAAGGAAUAUGCUGCGAAGAACCCUAAUUUCCUUGGGUGCGUCGAGAAUGCGUUAGGAAUCCGUGAGUGGCUGGAAUCACAAGGCCAUCAGUACAUUGUCACCGACGACAAAGAAGGCCCGCACUCCGAGCUCGAAAAACAUAUCCCGGAUCUUCACGUCCUGAUAUCGACCCCCUUCCACCCCGCCUACAUGACCGCCGAAAGAAUCAAGAAAGCCAAGAACCUGAAGCUUCUCCUCACAGCCGGCAUCGGCUCUGACCACAUCGACCUGAACGCUGCGGCGGCUGCAGGCCUGACUGUGGCCGAAGUCACCGGAAGCAACGUGGUAUCGGUUGCAGAAGACGAGCUCAUGAGGAUCCUCAUCCUCAUGCGUAACUUCUUGCCCGGGUACCAUCAGGUCAUCAACGGAGAAUGGAACGUGGCUGGCAUCGCCUAUAGAGCGUACGAUCUCGAAGGGAAGACCAUUGGAACUGUCGGGGCCGGAAGAAUAGGGAGGCUUCUGCUUCAGCGGUUGAAGCCCUUUGGCUGUAACCUCUUGUACCAUGACCGUCUUAAGAUGGAGACCGAGAUGGAGAGCCUUCUCGGAGCAAAGUACGAGGAGGAUCUCAAUGAAAUGCUCCCAAAGUGCGACGUCAUUGUCGUCAACACUCCUCUCACUGAGAAGACAAGGGGGAUGUUCAACAAAGAGAUGAUAGGGAAGAUGAAGAGAGGGGUGCUGAUAGUGAACAACGCUCGGGGAGCCAUCAUGGACAGGCAGGCGGUGGUGGAAGCGGUGGAGAGCGGUCACAUCGGUGGCUACAGCGGCGACGUGUGGGACCCACAGCCAGCUCCAAAGGACCAUCCGUGGAGGUACAUGCCCAACCACGCCAUGACUCCUCACAUCUCCGGCACCACCAUUGAUGCCCAGAUACGGUAUGCGGCGGGGACAAGAGACAUGCUGGAGAGGUACUUCAAGGGAGAAGACUUCCCUGCUCAGAAUUACAUCGUCAAAGACGGUGAAUUGGCUCCUCAGUACCGGUAAACUUUACCCAUAAAAGGCUUAAUAAAAAGUCUUCGACGUGGGCCCGUAAUAAUAAAAAAUACUAAAAAGUCCUCUCUCUUUCUCUCGAUUUUUUUUUUUUUUUUUUGGUAUUCCUCUUUCUCUCGAGUUGGGCAAACAUUAAAGAAAAAAUGGUAUGUAAUCAUGUCUGUAUGGUAAUCAAACCAUCAAUCAUGUGUACGGAAUUUCCCACUAAUGGCCAAAAUAACUUCUUUAUC